CUUUAAGGCACUUAAAAUCUGUUUGUUCUGCUCAUAGGUAUCGGUUGCCAAUAGCCUGCAGCGCUCUGCUCAUCCUCUGAAUGCCCUGCAGUAACUCCUCAAUGUCACGGUUUGGGUUCAAGUUUUAUUUUGUAGUUUCAUGUCUCUUGUGUCCCUGGGUAACUUCACUUCCUGCUUUGUCCUGUCUUCCCCUGUGAAUGUCUGCAGUGUCGAUGAUUGUUUCCACCUGUGUCCAAUCACCUGCACCUCCCUGUGUAUUUAAGCCCCUGUCAGUCUCUUGUCUUGUGUCGUGUCAUUUCAUCUUGCAUGUUUUGCAUGUUACGGGUGUCCCGUUGCCAUGCCAUGCCAGUUAAGUCAUAAUAUAUGUUGUUAUUUUUUCAGGUCCUUGCGUUGUCGUUGCUUUUUCCCUCCCCCCUUUUCGCCUUGUUUCCUCGGAGUGAUUUUGAGUUUUCUUUUGAAGUUCGACUAUUAAAGUCUUUUUUGGUUUCCUUGAAACUCCCCAUCUGAGUCCUUCCUUCCUGCCCUCACCUUGACGUGACAGUCAAGAGGCUUUGCAAUGUGAGGACUGUAGAGCAUUUUCCUCAGAAGGUGCCGUCCGCUCUCUUUUAUUUUUUUUUCUAGCUUCUCGCUAUGAAUUCUGGGUAAAAGAAAAGUGUUCUUCCAGGGGUCAAAAGUCUGAGGGAGAGUCCUCAAACAUUCAACGACUUGACCGGUGUAUAUUACUUCUUUUUCUUCCUUCAGUGAUCAGGAUCCAUGGGACUAUAAAGGAUUCCAGUGUGAACAGAUGGAUGUGUCAUUAAUACUUAUAUUUGGUUUUCUAAUGAGUUGUAGUACAACGAUGGUCUUAAAUAGUAUAACAAAUGUAUGGGAUUAGACCCUAUAUACUGUAUAUGUGUGCAUAGCAAUCUGUUCUCUCAAAAUGUUUUCAAAUGCACAAAGAGCAAGUACAGCCCAACUUCAUUACAGAACAUUCUUUUUUACUUUGAUCGUUGCAAUUACCAAAAGAACAAUAUGUCCCCUACUGGUAUAUUCCCUGUGAUGCGUCCUCUGUUCCAUCUGUGUGUUUGUUUGCCUCUUUAUCCUUUGGAUAAUAAUCUCAUUAAUCCCCCCAUGAACAUUGUCAGGCAUUUCUUUUGAUGCAUUAAAGCUAAGAGCUUAGAGGUUGACUAAGUUAAUGGAGGAUGUAUUAGACCACGACCGGAAACCGUCCCGAUUGUGUUCAGAACGACUAGUGUCAUCCAUUAGUCCACUGAAGUUAGGACGAGGUGAGGAAAGGACUAAGGGACAGAUGGGGGGAGUCUGGCUCUCAGUUUCCCUUUCACUUCAACCUCAUAAUGUGGUUUGUGUACGAUGAACCCAUUUGAACGCUGUACAUUUUUUGAAUGAGUCGGAGACAACAGCAAUGAUUGGAAUAUUCUGGAUGCCAUUUUGAAUGGAGUUGUGUACCCAAACCCCAAAAUAAGGCGUGAUACUGUAACUACAGUCCAGUUCUUCGGUCAAGUACGGAACCUCCACCAUGGCCAUCUUGGGCGCUGGCUUUGAUGACCACUCGCUAAGUGGCGACGACAGUUACGACCACCUCUUCACGGACACCGGGGACACCGUGGUCAAAGGCUUGUACUUCCAGCGUGCUCGGCUGCUCUGUGGGCCGCCGGUGACGUGGCGGCGCUUCGACCCCUCGCAGCAGGCUCUCGUCAACGUGGGGGGGAUUCGCUACGCCUUCCCCUGGACCACCCUGGAGGAGUUCCCCGAGAGCCGCCUGAGCCGCCUGCGCCUCUGCACCACCCUGAGGGAGAUAGCCCAGUUCUGCGAUGACUACGACGAGAUGCACAACGAGUUCUUCUUCGACCGCGACCCCUUGGCCUUCCGGGCCAUCCUCAAUUUCCUGGCGAAAGGGAAGUUACGCAUUCUGCAGGAGGUGUGCAACGUGGCCCUGCACUGCGAGCUGCUGUACUGGGGCAUCGACGUGGAGCAGAUGGAGCCGUGCUGCGGCCACCGAGUGAUUCGCGCUGUGGAGGAAGUGGCGGCGCACCAGCGCAAGGAGGACGAGUGGCGCCAGAGGAGGAGGGCGCUGAGGACACCGCUGGCGGGCCGCGGCUUUUUCCACAUGUUCGGAGAAGCGGUGGAGAACCCUCACUCGGGUUGUGCGGGGAAGGUGCUGGCGUUCCUGUCCAUCAUCAUGGUGGUGGUCACCGUCAGCACGCUGUUCAUGGGCACCAUGUCGGACCAGCAACAGGAGGAGGCCAUGGGCGUGUGCUCCCAAAAGUGCCGCAACUUGUUUAUGGUGGAGUCGGUUUGUGUUGCUUGGUUCUCCUUGGAGUUCCUGGUGCGAUUUUUACACGCUGAGAGCAAGCUGGAGUUUGUCCAGGGCCCUCUGAACAUCAUCGACGUCGUCGCCAUCUUGCCCUACUACGUCUCGCUGGUAUUGGACCUCAGAGACGAGUCCGUCGAGGACAUCGUGGCCGGCGGGGGGAAGAGCAGCCUGGAUAAACUGGGUCUGAUCCUGCGUCUGAUGAGGGCUCUGCGCGUCCUCUACGUGAUCAGGCUGGCCCGCCACUCGCUGGGCCUCAAGACCUUGGGGCUGACCAUCCAGCGGAGCAUGACCGACUUCGGCCUGCUGCUGCUCUUUGUGUGCGUCGCCGUGGCCCUCUUCUCUCCCCUGGUGCACUUGGCCGAGAGCGAGUUGGCCCCCAACGCAGCCAAGAUGCCCCAGCUCAGCUUCAGCAGCAUCCCGGCGUCGUACUGGUGGUCCAUCAUCUCGGUGACCACGGUGGGCUACGGCGACAUGGUGCCCCGCAGCAUCCCCGGCCAGCUGGUGGCGCUGGUUAGCAUCUUGUCGGGGAUCCUCAUCCUGUCUUUCCCCUCCACGUCCAUCUUCCACACGUUCAACCGCACCUACAACGAGCUGAAGGAUGAGCACAAGAGGCUGUGGAAGGAGGAGAGGGGGGCGGAGCUCGCCAGCGAGGCCGAGGAAAGCUUGAGAGAAAGAGAAUCUUUUUCGGACAACUGGCCUGAGACGGACUCGUUACCCGUUCUAGAUGAUCCUUUUUACCUUUUCCUGGACGAUAUUAAGGUGCUGGCUAGGAGCAAGUCUCCAGCAGCCUGUUGAGCUUGAAUUUAGUAAUAAACUAAAUGAGUCUGGUGGCUGAUGGGGGGGCAGCACAUUCUCGCAGAUGUGCUUCAACAUGCUGUGUGUAGAGUUUUCCCAGGAGAGUCGGGUCUUUUAUGGUUGGAUGGUAUUGACAAUUUAAACUGGCUGUAAAUGACCCAUGACAUGGUCAUUGACCCAUGACAUGGUCAUUUUCAGGUUCACACUGUAUUUGCAUCUCUACUAGAACACGUUUACAUACUUAAAUGUUAGGAAAUAAAUGUAUUGUUAUGUCUGUUUUAAUAUUUGUAUUCCCUAACCUGCCCUAUAAUCCAAAAAGCCAUGGUCAUCUCAGUCUACGCAGUGAGACCUUUUAAAGGGGACUUAGUAUGCUCUUUUUCAUGUUUGAAAUUUGAGUAUCUACAAGAACGUUGACUUCUCCUUUAUAAAAUGUAUUUGUCUGUGCACAUGCCUGCACCAACAUACAUGUGAAAACUCGGGUGCUGUUUUGAAGGUUGUUUCAAAAUGGUUGCUGAAGUGGGAUAUUUGUUUUUUUUAAAAACGGAUGCUUUCCAUUUAUAUAUAAAUAAAAUGUUAUAACUAUAUUUAUUUCAUUAGUUUCACAGUCCAGCUUUGUUGUCCUUGUUCCUAGAUAGAUUAUAAUUAUCAUUAUAUUUGAUGUGUGACGAGAGAGAUGCAAAUGUGAUUGUGAUUCUGAAUGAAAUAAACUUUGAAGCAGAAAUGAC